AUUGUAAUUGCCGUGAGGCAAGCCGCGGAUUUUACUUUCAGAGAACCCCACAGGUUCCAAUUUUGAGGUUUAGGUGAGAAGCAGAGGAUUAGUUGGCUAAAUCUUCCAUUUCAGAAACUGGGGUAUUAAACUGAUCUGAUCACAGGCCAAUCGUCAGUCAAAUCCGUUCAUUAUGUAUCCAAGAAUCAUCUUCUGCACUACAGUCUUCUUAGCCGUAUUAGCAGUCAUCCUCUUGACCCUCUUCUCACCGGUCGCCCAUAGAUCGAAGACUUCGAGAGGCCAGACGAGGCCUUGGCUGGCCCUCUCCCUCUACAUCCAGCAGCCUCACAGCCCGAGCUUGCCAUCACGGCCUCUAGGCCCGCUUGAUGGGCCUGGGGCUCUCGUCUUCCACCGGACCCUGACUGAGGGCCCACACAACACCUCCCGGGUCGUUGGUCGGGCUCAGGGCUUCAUCGUGCCGACCGAGGUGUUUGCGCACUCGGACUUCAACAUCAUCUAUCUGACAUUCGAGACUGCAGAGUACUCGGGCAGCAUUAGCGUCCAGGCAAAGCAUGCUGAUGAUGGGGACAGGGAGGAGGAGCUCACGGUGGUAGGCGGGACUGGCUCGUUCGCUUUUGCAAGGGGGAGGGCUGUUUUCGCCCAGACUGACCAUGAGGUGACCGAGGCCGACACGGCUUACCAUGUGAAGCUUCAGCUGCGGUUCCCUGACCGAUCUCAGACUAUACCGGGAUGAGGUGCCGGGCCACCCGAGGCACAUUGUACUACCAGUUUUUGCUACCCUUUCUUGAAUCUCUUCUUUCCCUCUCUUCGAUAAUUAAAAAUACAUUACAUACCUGGAUUUUUCGAAUAAACAGGAAGAUAGAAUGUAACUUGAGCCUUAUCAAAAAUUGAUGCUGAAUGAAAUAUAUCUUACUGUAAA